CAGACCGGAGACCCCGAGAGUCCAAGAGCGGAGCCGCCGGGAGGAGGAUGGUGUGAACGGGAGGAUGUGGCUGCAGCUGCUGUGUGCGACCUGCUGUGGGCUGCUGAGUGCAGGGUUUUCUCUGCAGAUCCAGUGUUACCAGUGUGAGGAGUUCCAGAAGGAUGACUGCUCGUCCCCCGAAUUCAUCGUCAACUGCACCGUCAAUGUCCAGGACACCUGUCAGAAAGAGGUGAUGGAGAAGACCGAGGGGAUAUUGUAUCGUAAGUCAUGUGCUUCGUCAGCCGCCUGUCUCAUUGCCUCUGCUGGAUACCAGUCUUUCUGCACCCCGGGCAAAGUCAAUUCAGUUUGUAUCAGCUGCUGUGACACCUCUCUGUGCAAUGGUCCCCGGGCGAAGAAGAAUAGGAAUUCGGCUGGUGCUCAGUGUUGGUGGACUCUGAUGUGGCUCCUCUCACUGCUCCUGCUAGCAGAGCAGCUGUAGCUGGUUGUAGCUCAGGACUGGUCCUUGCCCGGACCUCCCGGUCUGGACAUACAUUCUUGUUGGUUUGUUUCCAAAGCAAAUUCAGCAGCUCACCAAAAAUCUAUUUUCUUAUACUUUGA